UCUUAAAAUCGUUUAAUCCUUGGCUGAACUGUACUGAACAUUGUUUGUCGUCUUCAAUAUUUUUUCUUUCGAUUGUCUACUGCUUAUUACGAUAUCAUAUAGUCGCCCUUGAAUUUCAAAUUCUUCUCAACAAUAGUCGAAAUAUCAUUUUUCUUUCUCUUGUGAGACUCUUUAAGACAAGAAAAAAUAAAAUAAAGAAGAAAGUCUUAGUUCGAAUAACAUAAAGAAAACUGUCUAAGAACGGGGAAAAGCGCAAAAAACAAUUCCCACCGUCGUUUUGUAAUAUAAUUAAAAUGUGGUCAUAGAUCAAAUGUUAGCAGCUUGAAAGCGUUUAUAAGAAGAAAAUAGAAAAAUAAGAAAAAGAAAAAAGUUUUCUUCUCUCAAGCUUGAAAAGAGAAGAAGUGUACGCAAUAUAUAUUGACAGAGAAAAGAAACUUGAACAUACACAAUGGCGUCAUCGAGUCAUUCUUCGUCAUCAUCGAGAAGCGAAUCAUCAAGUUCGAGACGAUCUAAUCUUCACAUACAUAAGAUUCGAGAAUUUGAAUUAGAAAAAGUACACCUAAUGGAUGAAUUUGAUAUUUUACAAAUUGUGGGUGAGGGUUGGUUUGGUAAAAUAUUGCUUGUCGAACAUAAAGCUACAGAUACGGAAAUGGUGCUUAAAGCUUUACCAAAGCCUUACGUGUCCACUCAGGACUUCUAUCGAGAAUUUCAUCUCGGAUUAUGUCUAGGAGUUCACAAAAACAUCGUCUCAACAUAUGAUGUGGCUUUCGAAACAUCUGGAUUUUAUGUUUUCACCCAAGAGUACGCACCACUAGGUGAUUUAACAUCGAAUGUGUCAGAUAAUGGAAUAGGAGAACUUCAUUCAAAGCGAGUCGCACGUCAAAUCGCAGCAGCUCUCGAAUACAUGCAUUUAAAAGAAAUUUGUCAUAGGGAUGUGAAACUCGAUAAUAUUUUAGUGUUUCGUACUGAUUUUUCUCGAGUAAAAUUGUGUGAUUUCGGUGAAUCAAAACGGGUCAACACAAUGGUUCAACGUAGGAAUGAAUGGCUUCCAUACACAGCACCCGAAAUUAUUAGCACUGAAACAGACGAAACUUAUAAGACUGAUUUUACUCAUGAUAUCUGGCAAUUUGGAAUCGUCAUUUUCAUUUGCUUGACGGGAUGUUUACCAUGGCAGAAGGCUUCAAUGGAUGAUCCACGAUAUAACAAAUACAUACAGUGGCACAACUCAUCAUUUCCAAUUAAACGCACACCGAAGCUUUUUAAAUUAAUCUCAGCUCGAGCUAGCAAAAUGUUCAGAAAAUUUUUGGAACCAAAAAUCGAGCGUCGUAUCAAAUCUCUGAAUGAACUUCAUAAAUAUCUUGAUGAAAGAUGGUUAGCUCGCUCAGCAGAGAAAGAAAUGGCUGAAUACGAGCCCGAUGAACUCAAUCCUUCACUUUACUCGUUUCAUAGCAACAUGGAGGAAAAAAAUAAAUUAUUGUAUUCUUUCUCUCAGCAAGGUAUUGAAACAGUGGUUGAUCGACUAGCUAAGAAGAACCGCAUAAAAGAUUGGAUACAAUCGUCUGUUAUUACAGAAGAGGAAGAACUAGAGGAAGAAUCUUCUGGAUCAUCAACAGUAUCAAUAAACAUGAAUCGUGCACCGGUAGUCGGACAUAUUAGUUCAUUGCGGGCAACUGAACAAGAGCAGAAGAAAGUACCAUUAAAGGAUGCAAGUGCUGUUCAGGAAGGCGCAUCACAAAUGGGAGCACCGCUGAUACUUACAAGAAACAGAAAUAAUUCUCCAGAAAUACCACCAACUAAAGAAGCAUCGCCAAAAGGAGUUCUCAUUGAACAUGAAGAAGGAAAAUCUAUUAAUGGGAGAUUCGAUAAAAAUAUCAAAGAGGGAAAAUUUGAAGGUCAAUAUCAACAGUUCAAUGAUUUCAAACAUAAUUAUCAUUGAUGAAUUCAAAGAAGUAUAAAUAUAUCUAUAUAUAGGCAAGAUGUUUUUAACUGACAACAGUGAGACAGUAAAGAAGUAACAGUUUAAAGAAGUAAUUUAUGCAUUAAAUGUAUUCAGCAAAAAUAUAUUUAGCACAGAUACUCAAAUAAAUAAAUAACAAUUCAACCGAACAUUAAAAUCCCCUUUGAAGUGAUAUAUAUAAUUAUGAUUUAUUUAAAUAUAUGUACUUUUAUUUAUUUAAUCAUGUAUCCAUAUUUGUUAAAUAAAUUCAUGAUAAGUUGAUGCAAUCAAAUAUAAUA